AUAGGAACAUGCCUACAAUAAGAGAUCAACAGUCUCGGUCAACAGUGAAACAUGCCAACGGGACAGCAUUUUGCGACCGCCCGCUUCCAACAUCAACGAUGUUGAUCAUCGUCCUCAAUGGGGAUUCACAUAUAAGCUCAACACCUUGUCUUACGGGGGGCUUCAAUCCAUAUUACAACGCUUCUUGAAACACAUUUUUUUCUCUUACGCCUUGCUCGAUCGCACUUACCAUGGCACCCACCGGAGACUACAUGGCACUCUCUGCACCUCUUAUAAUCGACCAAGGUGAAACGCCGUAUGCAUACGAACAUCCAUACCUUAUCACAACAUCCUAUAGGGAAUCAGAUAUCUACGUACACAGGCCCAUUGAAAGGAAGGAGAUCAGCGUUUGGAGCGUGUCCGACGCUUCCACCCCUCCUUCAUACAUAUCGACCUUACAAGGCGAACCCCCUUAUUUUCCCAAACCACAAGUGUUCAGACACAGGUUCAUCCUCAUUAUCGCUCUGAAUGAGAAUGUUCACACACUCCUCCUUCAUAAGAUUGAGGAUGGAUCAUUGUGCGACACCAAGCUUAUCGUUCAUAGCAAGCCGGAAGACCAGGAACAUCCUCCGAUUCCUAGAGAUAGCGGCUUCAUUGGAGUUGCUAAUGGUCUUAUUGCCAUUCUCAAGCUCGGUCCGACUGGACGUGGUAAAGAUUGCAUAGUGCAAGUCUAUGGCACGUCCGAGGAGGGUAAGUUCUUGCUCAAGAACGAACUGCAGCUCUUUGCCUCCGGACCUCUCAUCGACUCAUGGUCGCCGUCCUCGCUGUACGUGCCCAAUCUCAUACAUCUUACCGAGGAUACCUUUAUUGGUAGUAUCAACUUGGAUUCCAAUCAUGACGUCCAUUUACUCCGCUGGUCGUCUUUAUCUCGUCAACUCCCGGGCCACGCUCGGUUCCCUUCCGUGGUUGAGACCUCGGAAGAGGACGAAGAUGAUUGGGCGAGCUGGCUCAAAGACCAACUUUACAUCCCGUCAUCAAACACCCUUAUCAUGGUGCAUGAAGAAGCCCUCGUUGCGGAUGAAUGUUUUCCCCACACCCCAAUCCGUUCCGUCAACGUUGACACUUUCGAAUUCAACUGGUGCAUACCUUUCGAGCUUGAUGUCUUUAACGUUCGCUACGAUGAAGAUCUCAACACCGUCAUCAUGUUCGGUCAUGAUCGUGAUACAUUCAUUAUCGCGGCUAUCGAUGCCAGUACUGGUGCUAUCCGAAGGCAGGUGAAGACCGACGUAUGGAUUAAUUCGCUGCAUGCCAAUAUUACCUGCGUCGGGGAACUCGUUACUUCACACUUAGAUGGCGAAGUGAUCAUUAUGAAGCUUUCCGACUUCAUCGAGCAUGGCUAUCCUGCGUCGAGCUCAUCUUUCGAAUACUCGCAAGCCCAAGAUGAUCAUAUCGUCUUGCGCAUUCCUCCUUUUGAUCCGGCAUCUGCUUCUGAUGACCAGAACGCCACGGCCAAUGAAGGACAUGCAGAGGACAAGCAGACUAAGCGGAAGGGAGGCUUCCGGGCUCAUUUUGGGAAGAAAGGUGAUGUUAAGGAUUGGGUCGAUGCAGCGUUCUUUGGGGAUGACAGAUUGGUGCUGAGGGAUGUGGAGGGCCUUCGAUAUGCUAUUGUGGGAUGGAGAUAACCGUGCUACUUAUUAGUGUCCUUGCAUAAGGUCUUUCGCAAGGAUCGUCCAAGUUCGCAUACGCCGACUGUUCUCAAUAUGGCAGGCACCCCGAAGUCUUAGAACAACAAAGCCAAACACUGUCGAUUUAAGUUCGUUCAUCAUACUACCGUACUAUCUGUUCUUGGAAGUCACUCUCGCGAAGCUUUGUCCGAAAGGCAUUCUGACGACCGCGCAACCUCUGAAUCAUUCUAGGCUUACGUGGAGAAGAUGGUAUCUAUACAACGUCCGUGAGUAUUGUGAGUUUGCUUGACAGUCCGAUGAAUCAGCCUGUUCGCGAGAUGUAUGUCAAAUCCGGGAAGCCCUAACCUCAGGAUAAAAAGACCGACUGGAGUAGUAUGGCGAGGUCUAUUCUUUCUUCCUUACUUAGUGUCCGGGGAACCGAGGAGCAUCACACACAUGGCGCUCCAGGAUGAAUGAGGACUAGAUUCUGUCCUUCUUGCAAUAGUCUCCGACGAUAUCGGUCAAAGAGCAGAAGAACCUGUUCCCCACCUGGAUGGCUAGCGCGUUCCUCAGAUAUGCACAAUUUCCUCCGUUCUCAUUCACAAACCUCCGUAAAUUUGGUUGGCACAGAAACAUUCAAAUCGCACCUACACAAACAUAAAUGAUCAAGCAGACUCGUGUUUAGGACCAUUGUUGUCACCCGAUGUAAAUAAUUUCUUGCUUCUCGUGUCUCCGGAUUUCAUGAU